AUGCGCCCCGCGCCCGGCGCCCCCCGCGCGGCCCCGCCCCACGCCCGGCUGCAGCCCCGGUUCCCGCGCGGCCGGAGCGGCUCGGGCAGCAGCAGCGGCGGCAGCGGCAGCGACACCCGGCAGGGCAGCGGCAGCGGCAGCAGCAGCAGCGCGGGCGCCGAGCGAGACGACGACGAGAGCGCCAGCAUCAGCAGGCCGCUGGUGCCCGCCGGGCCCCCGGGGAGCGCCGCCACCUCCUGCGCCUCCACGCCCACCUCCCCGCGUAGCAUGACCGCCGCCGACCUGGGCGCGGGCGCCGUGGCCGGGGCCGUCGGGGGCGCGGGCGGCGCCAGCCCCGGCCCUUCCUGCCGUUCGUGUUGCUGCUACUGCGGUCGCCGGGCCCGGCCGGGCCGCGGGGGUGGGCGCCGCGGCUGCGCCCCCGGCCCGGGCUGCCGCUGGGGCUACCCGCUGUCCGUGGCGCUGCUGCUGCGACAGGGCGGCCUGCUGGACGUGUACCUCAUCGCUGUCACCGACCUGUACUGGUGCUCCUGUCGCACCGACCUGGUGGUCGCGGCGGGCUGGGCCAUCUUCUUCGCCAAGAACAGCCGGGGCCGUCGGGGCGCCGCGCACACCCACCACGCCACCAACCCGCACGCCGCGCCCCUGCACCUGCCCGCCGCCCCCGCCGCCGCUGCCGGGGCUGCGGGAGCCAAGGCGCGCGGCGGCCGCGGGGGCGCGGGCGGCCCGGGGCCGGCGGGGGCGGCCGGCGCAGCCGGCGAGUUCGCCUUCGCCUCUGCCUGGCUCAUCUACUCCAUCGCCUUCACGCCCAAGGUGGUGCUCAUCCUGGGCACGUCCAUCCUGGACCUCUCCGAGCUGCGAGCGCCCUUCGGCACCACGGGCUUCCGCCUCACCCUGGCGCUCUCGGCGCCGCUGCUCUACUGCCUGGUGCGGGCCAUCGGCGAGGCGGGCGCCACCCCCGGCUCCGCGGGCCCCCUGCUCCUGCAGCCCCAGCGGAACCGCGCCGCCGGCUGCUUCCUGGGCACGUGCCUGGACCUGCUGGACAGCUCCGCCCUGGUGGAGCUGAUGCUGGACGGCCGCGCGCCGCUGCCCGCGCACCUGCGCUACCUGCUCCUCGCCGCCUACUUCCUCGCGCUCGCCUCGCCGGUGCUCUGGCUCCACGAGCUCCACGCCGCUGCCGCCUCGCCCCGGGGCCGGGCCUCGCGGCCGGGAGGCUGCAGCCGCCUGCUGCGCCUGCUGGGCGGCUGCCUCGUGGACGUACCCUUGCUGGCGCUGCGCUGCCUGCUGGCCGUGAGCUACCAGCAGCCGCUCUCCGUCUUCAUGCUCAAGAACCUCUUCUUCCUCGGCUGCCGCGGCCUGGAGGCCCUGGAGGGCUGCUGGGACAGGGCCCCCGCCGUCCCGAGUCGGGCCUGGGCGGGCUACGGCGCUCCGCCCUCCGCCCCGUCGGCGCCGGGAGCCCCCCAGCUGGGCCACUGCGUCUCGGAGGACGAGGGGGGCGCCCACGGCUACGUCAACACCCUGGCUGUGGCUUCCCAAAACUGAGGGGUCUGGGGGCUUGCUCUGGAGUUGGGGACCCCGCUCCCUGCGACCUUCCCUCACCCAGACUGGAUCAGCCUCUGUUUGGGGGAGGUAACUGUUAACAGGGCUGAGAGCCAGCGCGCCCCUCUGAACCCCUUGGGUCAAGACUGCUUGGAAGGAGCCAGCCGCUAAA